AGUGUGACCUGCCAGCUGAUGCACAUCAGCCGCAGCAGCCUCGGAGAAGCAGCGGUCCGGCGGCGCAUGGAGCGCCUGUGAGAAGAGCGAGCGCUCCGGCCAGGAGGGGGCUACCGGGAGUGUGAUGGCGCUGUGCUCCGAGGCCUGUGUUUCCGGCUCAGGAGGAGAAUCCUCCGGCAGCGAGCCUGGUUCCAGCUGCCUUCAGUUCGGGGUUCGGUCCUAUCUGCACCACUUCUAUGAGGAGUGCUCGUCCUCCAUGUGGGACAGAGACCCCGAGGGCCGGGGGUUCGUCCAGAGCCAGAGAUCAGCCCAGUGGUGGAACUCAGUAGUCUGGAAGGUGUCCUUGGCCCUGGGUCUUCUGAUCCUGACGGCGGGCGUCGCCACGCUGUCGGUCGGCUACUCCACCCCGCGCAGGAUCGAGUCUUUCGGGGACGGGGAGCUGUUCUUCGUGGACGCCCGGGCCAUCAGCUUCAACAGGGGGCUGCACGCCAGCGCGGCGGCCGGGAUCAGCCUCUCCUGCCUCGGCUCCGCCCUGACGGCCAUGGCGGCCGUGGUGUGGAUCCUGCCCCGGUCCAAGCUGAGGGAGAGGCUCUUCGAUAGACCGGGGGAAGGGGAGCGGAGGUCAAAGGGCAGCGGAUUCAGAGACGCGGGUGAUGUGGUGACCAAGCCGCCGGGCAGACAGGAGGGGAGAGUGCCCUUCACUCUGGCAAAAGUGAAAAAUGUGCAACCGAAUUCCUAAAGUAAAUGCAGAACUGCGAGGCGUCUAAA